AUGUCAGAUCUUCUAACUGAUGAGCUAGGCCAGACAUUUCAAAUAACCGAUGAGGAAAAGACAUGCAGAACGAAGGGGAAUCAAUGCAUUCUUGCAAACAUUGGGGUUGUUAAGUCCAUAGCAACCUUUCUUUCGACCUCGCUAGGGCCUACGGGUAUGGACAAAAUACUUCAAAGCAAGGACGAUGACAUAGUUGUGACCAACGAUGGGGCAACCAUACUUAAGGAGAUGGAGAUGACGGAGAAUCCGAUUUCAAGGCUAAUAGUGCAACUAAGUGAAUCGCAGGACGAGGAGAUAGGAGAUGGAACGACUAGUGUGGUUGUACUUGCUUCUGCACUUCUUGAUCAGGCACAGGUUCUUCUUGGGCAGGGGGUACAUCCGAUAAAGAUAUCCGAAGGCUUUGAGUUAGCCUUGGAGCACACGAUUGAGCACUUGUCCGAGAUUUCUGAGGAGAUUUCUGAUCUGAAGGAAACGAUGAUGAAGGCAGCAAAGACAAGCCUGGGGAGCAAGAUAGUGUACAAGUCCCUGGAGAAGUUUGCUGAGAUAUGCACGUCUGCAGUCCUGAUGGUUGCAGACAUGGAGAGAAAGGACCUCGACUUUGAGCUGAUCAAUAUUGAAAGCAAGGUGGGGCGGGAUAUAUCUGAUACCACUCUUGUCAAGGGUGUUGUUCUUAACAAGGAGUUCAGCCAUCCUCAGAUGAAGAAGGAGGUCAAGGAUGGAAGGAUAGCGCUUUUAAGCUGUCCCUUUGAGCCUCCAAAGCUGAAGACUAAGCACAGCCUUGUGAUUUCCAACCCUAAGGAGUAUAAGGAAUUGGAGGAGUACGAGAAAAGAAAGUUUGUAGAGAUGAUAGAAAGUGUUAAGAGGAGUGGUGCUAAUGUUGUGAUGUGCCAGUGGGGCUUUGACGAUGAGGCCAACUCUCUUCUGAUGGAAAAUGACCUUCCUGCUGUGAGAUGGGUUGGAGGGCAUGAGCUCGAGCUUCUGGCAGUCCACACUGGAGGAUCGAUAAUAGCUCGGUUCGAGGACUUAGAGAAAUCUGAUGUUGGAAGUGCAGAGAUUAGAGAAGAAAGCCUUGGGACGGAGAAUGACAAGAUCAUUGUGGUUGAGAAUUCUGAGCGUAGCAGGGCUGUUACGAUUCUUGUGAGGGGGGCAAACGACUUAGUGAUUGAGGAGGCAAAGAGGUCUGUUCGAGACGCCCUUUGUGCUGUAAGGAACAUCCUUACAAACGACAGAAUAGUUUAUGGAGGAGGGUCUUCUGAGAUGUCAUGCUCUCUUGCUCUGGAAAGGGUGGCUGAGGAAUACUCUGGUGAGGAGCGGGCAGCCAUUCUUGGAUUUGGAAGGGCUCUAGAGGAAAUACCGCUCUGUCUUGCAAGAAACAGUGGAUACAAUCCAGUUGAGUACUCAUCCGAUCUUCGUAGGCUACAAAUGGAGAGCAAGAACUCUUAUCUUGGGGUUGAUUGUCUCGGGGCUGGGGAGAAGGACAUGAGGGUACUAGGGGUUUUUGAUGCUCUGAGUAGCAAGAUCAGGCAACUCCAGAUGGCAACCCAGCUUGUGACCAUGGUUCUUAAGAUUGAUAACGUUAUCUCUGACUUCUAUGAUUAA